CUGGCCCCUCCAGAUCGGCGCCUCUCAUACGGGGAUCGACGAACCCACACGUCCUGGAAAAAGGACUGGUUAAUGCGAGUCUUGGACACGAUCAGGAUCCCACGACAUGGCUUUUGUCGCACCGGGGAAGACGAGCCGCUCCCAAGUGCGACACCCAGACUCUGGCCUCAUUCGCCAAUGGGCUCGGCCAUCACGCCGUUUUACCGCCAGGACCCACUUGGAUCGAGGCAUCUCUAGCGAAUCCCAGGUGCAAGCUGCUGUUUUUAGAGUGUGGCUUUCAUGAAAUAACUCCAGUCAAGGCGGCAAAGAGGUCAAUGAUUGUCUCGAACGCCUUUAUUGAUGGGGACGUCGAGUGGAGCAGCCCCAUGAACGGACCUAACCCUGCUGCAGCGGUCCCAAACGGGGGUCAACCACGGAUUUGGAGAUGAGGUUAUACACUAGAUGUUGCUUCCUCGAGGGCUUUGAGAAUGGUUACUGGCUGGUCGAUUGAUACCAGUCCAACCAAAGAUGUGAAUUUACUCUUCCAGGAAAGAGCCUGGACCCCACCCUGGCAUUUUGGGGGCGAUCGGCCCUGUGUCCUGAGUCAGAUUCUCGGAGAUUUUGAGGGUCACUCUGGUUGAAAGCUGGUUCAACGCAAGGCUCGGGACGGCCCUUGUUGUCCCAGACUUCAUCCAAACGGCUUUAUGGGUCUGUCAUAUCUGCUGCAAGGACAGGCGAACUGCAACCUACAGUUCUACAAUCCGCCAGAAGAGCACAGAGUGCCCCGGUGGAAAUUGGUGACAGCUGAAUUCAAACCGGCGAGGAGGUUUCCAUAAUGAUCUAUGACGACUUGCACAGGCCUUGGCUUGCACAGGCCCUUCAGAAGGGCACGUUGGUUAAUUCUCCGAGCUCUGAGAAGGAACGCCCCAAGCCUCGCACGUUCACCUUCGAUUCCAUGGCUGCAGUAGACAACCAAACAAACCCAAGAAAGCCCGGGAGCCCCAAAAAAGCAAAGACCCAACCAUGCUUUGGGGGGAGGAUCGACGGUGCAGUCAGAUCGGGGUCGGCGUCCCCGAUCGAUGAGUUGUCAACGAGGCGAGGCAGACGUAAACGCGGAACUACUGGUUCCUGGCAGCAUAAUUGCGAAGAAGAAUGCAAUCUUUCAGCUUGAUUGACUAGCUGAUCCAUCGCUGGUAUCAACCAGUAGAUAGGGUGCGAAUUGUGGGCGUUAUUGUACGGCAGUUGCUGAAGAGAUGGUCGAUAGGCGGAGAGAUGGGCCGCCCAUUGCACGCCACUCGCGAAAAUGCAUCCUGGCAUGCUGUGUCCCGCGGUCUAGUCCCAGUGUCCACUGAUCCUGGCCAGUCUCAUCGCCUAGCGACUCAGGUGAUUUGGUCUACCCAGGCAAACGCCGCUGAUAGCCUUCCGAUCCGUCGACGGGGUUCUGACCAACGAUAGCGACUCGUAUCCGGGGGAAAAUGUCAGUCUCGAAUAGGUUGGAUCCAGUUCCCCUCCAUGCGGGUCUCCGUGCGCGAAUGCUGGUCUUCACUGGGCUCACUAGAUUUUUCGCGGUGCUCCGUCCAUAGAACGAUAGUCCCCCAUCGUGAUAGGAUUAAAAAAUAUUAACUUUGGAGAGGACGCGGUUUGGGGCCGUUGCUUCAACUUCCGUUCACAGGGCCCUAACGCCCACGCAGUCUCGACUCGUCACAGCCGUAGUCACAAUUUCUUGUGCCCAAUUACCGUGCAGAUAUGGGUCUUCUCCUGUCUACGACCGGAACUGCCGUCAAUCGCACAACCCUAGAAGGCCACUGUGCAUUUUAUAUGGCCAGGGCAGACUAGAGGGCGGUUCUUUCCAGUCUUGACAACCCCCACUUCGAGGGGGAGGGGAAAUCCGAGUCAGCACGUACAAAACGUCCAUUUUGCGGUUUCUACAGGAAUUUCUGACCCUUUUCACUCAAUUUUUGACUACAACUUUCGAUAUCCUCAACCUUUUCAUUCCAUUCUCUCUUUUUUUUCUUUCUCUCUGCCUGAUUUAGGCUCGUGUGGAUCGCUUACCUCUGACGUGGCCGAGACUAGUGGGAAAUCCUGAGAUUUCGGUGCCAUAACUGCUCCGGACUGUGGCGAAGCAGCUGCAGCUCCUGGCAUGGUCGAUCGGCCUGCUAAAGUUGUUCGACGUUGCACGUGUUCUGCGAUACCCUGGACGUCCACUACUUCAACCCUUUCUUUUACACCUUGUUCUGUCUCCACUUUACAUCUAUUAAUACUUCCAAAGCUCGUGUCCUGGAGACCAUUCGUCAAAUGUAAUGUGUUGAAUGCUGUAUGUUCAACUAUGUCCUGUUUUAUCCGUUGGUCGGUUGAAACUCAUAAAACCAGAUCACAGUCUCAAGAUUGGAACCGGAGACUCCUGACAGUGUCGCACCAUGUCGUCGUACAAUAUGGGUGGCCGUCGUAUGCCGUCGAAUGAUCCUUUCCUUCCUGCACCUGCAUCACAUCCAGGGCCAACCGACUCAAUCUCCACCUCUUCCCCACGGCUUCCUCGGUCCCAACUCGCAAGGCCAAUCAACUAUUCAACAAGAACCAGCCGCGCAUCUUCUCUAUCAGCUGCGGAAGAUUCCCGUUCAAUCACAGCUUUGCCAACGGUAACCUAUCAGGUAUCGAAUCUUACGAAUCGGUUGUCACUGUUACCACGUCCAAGUACUGGUGGUACAGGAUCAUCCCAGUCGCCUGCAUCGACUGUAUCGCCUCACACCCCGGCUUCAUCGAUUCCUUCAUCUCUCUCCGCCUCUGAUCUAACGACCCCUUCUCCAUUUGCACAAAGCUAUCAAGCUCCACCAGCCAACCCACCUAAACGAACACGCAAUGUUCUUCGCAGAAGGGCACCGACAAUAGGAAAACAUGUGGAACAGACCCAAUCUCAGAAGCUUAGUUUGGUCAUUCCCCCAACACUUCAGCCGGCCGACGCGAGGGAGCCUAGACUGCCUAGACUGCCAGACACAUAUUCCGCGGAACCUCCAUCCCAAAGUACGUCAGAUAAGUUGGAGAAUAGUGCAGUGGGCACUGCAAGAACCCAGGAGCCGAUAGAAUUGGCUAGUCUUCGUACUACUGUCAACACUCAGAACUUACCACCGCCUCCCGUUCCUUACUAUCCCUCUGCGAGUACGCCGUCUACUCGUUACUCCGAGUCUCCUGGCAUGUGGAGCCGGGGCUCGACCCCAACAUCAUUAUCUUCCUACUCGCCGGGAAUUAUGCACUCGUCCAAGACUUCACGCAUGAGACAGCCAAGCCCGUCCCAGACCCGACUUCCUGUGUUCUCCCCACAACCAGCGCAUGCAAGCCCUCAGAGUGCCCAGGCUGCACCAGUUGAUCUAAAGCUUUCAAGUUCGGGUCUCCCGAGGAAAUUACCGGCCAUUGGAUCCGCUACGGAUACAACGGGCAAAAGUCAAGCCAAUGUGAAAUCCACCCCUGGAAAACUUCGAGGCCCUCCGCAUAGUCCCCCGCUGAGGAAGUCAUCCGUCAAUUUUAGUCCACCCAGAGACGCUCCUUCCAAGAACCCUGAUAUAGACGUUGAUCAGGCCAGAAAGGAAGUUGAAGAGGCAGAGCGCGAGCUUUUCAAUACGCAGAGACCAAGGGCGCCAUCAGUUCCUGAGAUAGGCGUACCCAAAGUUCCACAAACACCACCACGGCCAAGUCGAGAAGGCACCCAUCGUUUAGAUCUGGAGACUUCCCCAAUUAUUCAAAGCAACCUACCUUAUCUACGGUCGACUGGUCAUAAGCGACGCGAAUCUAUGGAAAGGAACCACACUACCCAACUUCCGUCUGUUAUGGCUUCAACAGACUCUUUAUCAUCCAAGGACCUGUCUCGAAUUCCCUCUCGAGAGGCCGGAUCUCCAGUGUUAGCUCGGAAAUCACCCAAAACCUUGACCAAGGAGCCACGAAAGGAGAAACUCGACCCAAAGAAACCUGCAGCGCAAAAGAAAUUUGGUCUAUUCUCGAAGAAGUCAAAGCCGGACCUUGAUGCUACCUCUGAUGAUCAGACUCGACCCACGAGAAAAGGACCGGCUGCAGGAACUGGCCAUGAAGGAUAUGGAAAGUAUUCCCAGCGCGGUAGGAAACCAAGUGCCAGUAGUGCCAGCGGUAUCAGGACCCGUUCGACGAGUACGACACGAAGCACAUCCCGUUCCGUCUCAAGCAGCAAGGGGAGUAUGUCGUCUAGCCGUCCGGACCUCGACUUAGAUGAUUUCCUCGCAAGUCGUCUUGAGCCGGUUUUCAUCAGCGGCGGAGGCAUGGAUGGUGCGACCCUCUCGCGAACCGUGAGUGAACAGAGCAUCAGCAGUAUGAGUGUGACGUCUUCAAACCUGCCACGCGCGACACCCCUCACAUCUUCUACUGUUCAAUCGACCGAGUCAUUGGCUACUUCUACUGGUACCUUUGGUGAUGCGGCACCUUCCAAUGAUUCGACAAAAAGCCUCGGACCCAGCAGGAGUAUAAGCCCAGAAAAGCACCGGACACCUGCCGUUCGUCAACAACUAAAGUCUCGCAUGCCAGUUCCCAAGGGCAAGAAAGCUGGAUUCUAUGCCAAUCCAGAUGCAGCAGCAACAACUACAUCGUUUUCCAGCAAUACCUCAAGCACUGUCGUCAUGCAGAAACCGAAACCUACACUGGUUGCGACUACCAGACAGGAGGAACCCCCAAAGCUCGAACUGCCACAGCCGAAGAAAGGGAAACCGUCAAGAUGGAAUUUGUUCCAGAGAAGCCGUGCCAAUGAACCAAGCACCACUCCACCGGCUUCCCUCGCUCCCUCCUCUCAUACGGCACAACUUCAUGCUGCAAUCUCUCCGGUGCUCAAUAGUCGUCCCGUCGCUCACUACGCCCUUGUGGAUGCCGACUCAGACGAGCUCGACGAUAUCCUCGACCACAUAGAAGAUUCGCCGCCGACAGAAGAAGAGCCGUACAUUGCGCUAGUCGAGGUACCUGCGAGCCUGAACAUCAGGAAGCGACACCCCUCCAUCCUAUUACCAUCGCCCCCUAAACUGCACGGCGAGUUCGAGAGAGAAAAUAGACCGUCGCCAAGAACUGCUAUGUUCAAUCAGAAUAUGAUGGGUACGGAUCCUGAUAGCAGCCCUGAAGAUCGCCGCCCGAGACGGCUGGCUUCCGUGGGUCGAAUUCCGAAAGUGGUAUCGAGACGCGAUAGACACCAUAUACCAGCUAUGCAUUCCUUCUCGCGGCCAUUCAGUACCUCUGAGUCACCAGUGCUGAUGGCACCAACACUGGAGGGGGCAAGUCAUUUCCCUGGGCUUGGUGAAAUUCCUUUGGCCGAUGUCUCCAGCAGUAAGCCAGGAGAUUGGGGUUACGGUUUCAACCCAGCUUUCAGUGCCCCAGAGGCAGCGAGCGCUUUGGAGUUCCUUGCCGGCCCCUAUUUAGGGAGCGAGCUCAUCCAUUUCUCUCCUAACAGGGGUUCUCCCUCAUCAGGUAGCCCGGGCGCCUUGGCGGCCGUCACAGCUGUGGUACCUAAACCUGGUACUGCACCAACUGAGGAUGAAGUAUGGAACGAAUAUGACGAUCUCAUUGACGUUCUCUCCCCGGAAGAGCGAAAGCCUGAGGAUACUGGCAAGACUGAAGAGGAUGAAAGAUUUGAGAUGGCGACAAUGGCCAGUAAGGUGUUGCAGGAUGAGCUGAACAGUGACAAUUCCCUUCAGCCGCCACCAUUUUCGCCGGCCGGUGCUUCGUAUCGUGAUAGUGGCGAUUCUGUUCAUCUGCGCCGGUCAAGGAUAGUCUCGGCUUUGCAUUCCUCUAUUGCACCGUCGACACAGGCAUCUUAUAGCAAUCUGAUCGCUAGCUAUGGUGAUCCGGAGGUCAUGUACAGCCCUGCCAAUCCGACACAACCUUUGCUGGACCCUGUUCAGGAGCAACAGUCUGAAUUCCUCCAGUCUCUUGCUGCCACACCCGCACCGAAGCCCAAACCCAAUGAGCUCAAAGAAUUUCUAGGAUGUUCUGAGCGUGAGUGGGAUGUAGUCACCAGUACCAACAUGCGAUCUGCAUCCCUCAUGACCAGUCGGUGGCUAUCAUUUGGGCGGGUUCUUUUCAGUCCCGCGCACAAUCAUGUCAAGUCCGGUGCACAUGGCAGGAUCCUCGUGAUUGAUGGACUGGGUAAUGAUGACUGGUCAUUCUACUGCUCUUUGACAUAUCCGGAUGCCGAGGUCUACAGCUUGAGCGGUCGACCAGUCUCGACUGCGAUUCCCCAUCCUGCAGCCUUGCAGCCGCCACCCAAUCACCACACGGUAUACCAUGCUGGACUCCAGAAUCCCUUGCCAUUUCCCAAAGACUAUUUCGCAGUUGCUGUCUUGCGUUUCCCUGCUGCAAAUUCCGAGGCUAUCCAGAACAACAUCGUUCAAGAAUGCCGUCGUGUCCUUCGUUCUGGCGGUUAUAUUGAAAUGAGUCUUCUGGACCGAGAUAUGGUGAACAUGGGCGUUCGUACUCGCAAAGCAGUCCGCCGAUUGAAAGAGAUGACUUGUCUCGCCAAUUCGAGUAUUAGUCUGAAGCCGACCAGCGACAGCAUCCAACGUCUGAUCGGCACCCAAGGCUUUGAUAACCUCCGUCGUUGCAUGGUGCGUAUCCCCGUCGCAGGAAUGGUCGUCAGAUCCUCCGGCUCAACAACAUCCUCUUCCAACAAAUCUCUCUCUGCAUCAGCCACGACUCAAUCGACGGCAUUCUCCCUCCCCGCCACCUCGGUCUCCACAGCGAUGGGCAGCCAAAGCACCCAAACAGCAUCCAAGUCGUCAGUAUCCGACGAAAACGUCUCCCUCGGCGACCUCCUCUCCGAUCCCUCGCCCUCGGCCGCCAACGACGAGUCCAUCGCCAAGAUUGUGGCUCGCGUUGGUCGCUGGUGGUAUACCAAAUGUUACGAAGAGCCAGCCCUCCACGACAACGGCGAUCACGACCUCAGCAUGUGGAAUGACCGCAAAGUUCUGCGCGAGUGUCAGAAGCGUGGAACUGGAUUCCGCAUGCUCAUCGCGUACGCGCAGAAACCGAGUGAGAAGAGGCGCACGGCAAGCGUGUGAACGAAAUUGAAACGAUACCCUUGACCGAUAUGAAUUGUUUUUCCUUGAUGAGUACUAUGUUUCACGAUUCAAAUCUGGAUUUGGAUAUUUAAUUUGCAUGACCUUUUGUCCCCCUCUUUUCUACUUCCGAUCAAUACCCUUACAGCUCUUGCAUCAUUCGUUUUAAUAACUUUUUGACUUGUUUUCUUUCCUGUUUGUGAGCGUUUGGCAAAAAGGCAAGCUUUCUUUUCAAGACUUGCAUUGACCUCGCGGUCUCUUGUGAACACUAUUUGACGUUGUCUGUGGCUUUCGAGCCUUUCUAAGAUUUUAGCGUGGCAUUCGUUAUUUCUGUUGUUCUAUAUGUGGUGAUAACUGGUUGAUGGUUUGCAUCUCAUCGGCUGGACUUUUGUGAUGUCAUUCGCUUCUUGUCUUUUUCAUUUUUCUAUACUAUAGGCAGGACUUGAUAGAUAGUAAUUGUGAUGAAUAUGCU